UUUGUCAGCACUCUGGGUGGCUACUGAAAACCAGUGCGACGUACUUCAGCCCACAGAAGAUAGUAGAAAAGGUUCAUCAAAAGGAUUUGAAAGACCCACCUGUUGUUAACAAGACAACUGCUGAAACAUGGUGGAUUACUAUGAAGUUCUGGGAGUGCAGAAGCAUGCCUCAGCAGAAGAUAUUAAAAAAGCGUACCGUAAAUUGGCAUUGAAAUGGCACCCUGAUAAGAAUCCAGAAAAUAAAGAAGAAGCAGAGCAGCAAUUUAAACAAGUGGCCGAGGCCUAUGAAGUUCUGUCAGAUGCUAAAAAACGUGACAUCUAUGACAGAUUUGGAAAAGAAGGCUUAAUAAAUGGAGGUGGAGGUGGAAGUCACCAUGAUAAUCCAUUUGAAUUUGGAUUUACAUUCCGUAACCCAAAUGACGUCUUCAGGGAGUUUUUUGGUGGAAGGGACCCUUUUUCUUUUGACUUCUUCGAAGAUCCUUUUGAGGACUUCUUCGGGGGCAGACGAGGUCCAAGGGGAAGCAGAAACAGAGCUGGCGGAUCAUUUUUCUCUGCCUUUGGUGGAUUCCCAGCUUUUGGAAGUCCUUUUCCUUCAUUUGACACAGGUUUUACUUCGUUUGGUUCUCUGGGACAUGGAGGCCUUACUUCGUUCUCCUCUACGUCAUUUGGCGGUAGUGGGAUGGGAAACUUCAAAUCAGUAUCAACCUCAACUAAAAUAGUUAACGGCAGAAAAAUUACUACAAAGAGAAUUGUUGAGAAUGGACAAGAGAGAGUAGAAGUUGAAGAAGAUGGCCAGUUAAGGUCGCUAACAAUAAAUGGUGAGGCAAAUGAAGAAGCCUUUGCUGAGGAGUGCCGACGGAGAGGACAGCACGCCCUGCCCUUCCAGCCCACCAACACUCGCCUGCUGAAGCCACACAAGCCUGCCAGUUCCCCCAGAUAUGCCUAUCAUUACAAUAGCGAUGAGGUGGAAGAGCAAGAAAAAAGCCGGGUUGCAAGCAGCUUGGAGAACCCCUUUUAUUUAUCAGACAGACAGUGGCUGCUGAAGGACUGGUCGAGUUAGUCAUAAAAACCUACGAUACAAAGAAGGCAGCAAGAGGAGGAAGCAGAAGCAGAGAGAGGAACAGAAGAAGAAGAAGUCAACCAAAGGGAGUUACUAAAAUGGACAUCUCUGCUAUGCCAAUCCCUUUAUUAAAACGGCAACUUACGUUACAUUUGAGCACACCUCUUCUGUGUAUAUUUUUCAAUUGUUCACACUGCUAGUAAGGAAGUGACUCAUGUUUAAGACUGUACUAAAAUUGCACUAUAUUAUUCUUUUUAGUUUUCACAGAGUGGCUUUCUUGCCGGUCAGGUUAAGGAGUUUGGACAGGGCUGAUCGUGGCUAGAAGUGUGUUAUGUUUGACGAUGGAGGGUAUUACAGAAUCUCGUACCUCUUCCUUCCCUGGGACUGAAGUUCCCCUUGCCUAGAAUUAAUUUGUUUUGUGGGAUACAGAGGGUUGUGCAAACACCUGUUUGUUCAGUCACCCCAGCAUCACCAGCAGGCUUGCUGGAAGAAGAGUAAAGCACCAAUCCUGUUCCCUCCAUCACUGAGGGUAGGACUGAGACGUGAGCUCUCUCGUAUGGUAAUUUAUGCAAACUUAAUAAAUGACUUCAAUGUUUUUUUCUUUUUAUCACCCAAGCUGGGCAGCAAAGGUUUGUCCCCGCUAUCAGAAUGAUCCUUCAUUUUAAAGUGUGAGAUGAAGUUACAUCCUUUGGUUUUAACAAACUUGGCGUAAUUAUGGUCUGUAAGCACUCCUACUGAUUUCUGCAACUGUGGUUGACUCCCAAUGAAUCAUUUAGUGAAAUCAUUCCUUAUUUUAAAAUUUUGCUUUCAGAAACUAGAGACAAAUGAGUUAAGUGCCACUUUACAACUGCUCUUCCUGCUGAGUAGAUUUUAGAUAAUGAACAUAUUUCAGAAUCCGUGUAAGAUUUUAUCAGGUUGUUUCUGCAAAGAACUCACAUCUUUAUGUAUGAAAGCAUUCUGUGUCACUUUUAUUGCAGGACCUUUUUUUUUUUUUAAAUUUGAAAAUGUGUCUUCAGUUUAAAGGAAAUCUGCAUUUUCUGGCUAGGUUACUUCCUUGCUUCCCAUAAUCCUCUCAUGUGCAUGAUAUAUUGCUUCCCUUAACCUUCUAGUUUGUACAAAGCCCUUCUGUUGCCUUAAGCAUUUACCUGCAUGUUUCUUGUCAAUAUGUUGCCUCUCUUCUUAACCUCCAGGCGGGAGUUACCAGCCCAUGGUUUUGUGUUGUUCCUUGUGUCUCCUCUUGCCCAUGCGCUGUUGAUGUAACAGACUUAAACCUGGCAAUAUUGAAAGUCUGCAGUUCCUGGAGAAACUCACUCAUCCUAAUAGAGCAAUGCAUAUGACGGUGUAAGGAAGGAGCUAAACAGAAAAAUCAAGUCUGCAUUUUAGCAUGGUUUGAUAUAACAAAUUCUGUGUCUGGUAUCUGAGCAGUUUAGCUUCAAAUACAUGACAUAAUGUAACCUUACGCAAACAUAAAACCAUACGUGAACUGUUAGGGUGUUUAAAUUAAGCUCAAUAUGAAAUAAGACUGAGUACCAGUUUUCUGUCACUUAAGUAUCACUUUUUCAUUUUGUGCAGUGUUACUAAUAUUUAAAAAUAAAGAAAAUUCUCCUUUA